CAUUACAGCACCAUGAUGAGCAAGGCCUUCUGCAGCGUGCUUGCUGCUGGAGUGUGGGUGAUCUGUGCCUUCAACUCAUCUAUCCACACAGGACUGAUGGUGCAAUUGAACUUCUGUGGGCCCAAUGUCAUCACUCAUUUCUUCUGUGAAAUCCCUCCUCUGCUCCGUCUCUCAUGCAGCUCCACUUAUGUGAACAGUGUCAUGACCACACUGGCUGAUGCAUUCUAUGGCAUAUUGAACUUCCUCAUGACCAUUGUGUCCUAUGGCUUCAUCAUCUCCAGCAUCCUGAAGAUGAGGACAUCAGAGGGAAAGCAGAAAGCCUUCUCCACCUGCUCCUCCCACCUCAUCGUGGUGUGCAUGUAUUACACGGCUGUGUUCUAUGCCUACAUCAGUCCCGUGUCCAGCUACAGUGCAGAGAAGAGCAAGGUGGCUGGAGUGCUGUACACCAUGGCGAGCCCCACCCUCAACCCCCUCAUCUACACUCUGAGGAACAAGGAAGUCAAAGCCGCCCUCAGGAAACUUGUCCCUUUCUUCAAAAAUUAA